GCAAAGCUAGUCACAUUAAGUGACUAAUUACUCAGGACUGGUGUUCCUUUCCUUCACUCUACCAGAAACUUGGAUCUUGGAGCCCUGACUCCUCCAAAAGUGCCUGCCACUUAGGGGUGGCCCUACCCCCGUGAUCCUGCGUUGCAGCAGCGCCUCAGCACCCCGACUUCCCGGAGCGCGUCAGCCAGCGCGGCACCGAGUGGUGCGCGGCUCCCGCCUCCCCCGCGCGCGGUGACUCCCGCCCAGCUCACCGCUCGUACUCUCGCCACGCCGCCGCCCGACACUGCAGCACCUCGGGAGGAGGCGCAGGCGGAGGAGGGGGAGGAGGACCGCAGCUUGCAAGCCGGGAGCCACUUUCCCGCCCCUCCUCUCGCCGCUGACACGCUCGGAGGAGUCACCACUCCGCGCGCUGCAGGAGAGUGGCAGACGGAGGCGGCCGGGAGAAGCGAGCCGGAGCGACGCCCGCGCGACAGCGGCUGCAGCGCUGACAGCACCCAGGGCACGGGUCCCCGGCGGCUGGAGCGUUCCGUUUUGAACCCAAAGUGGAUGAUGCUGUUGGGACUGAAGCACUGACCAGCAUCUGAGAAAAAUUCCCAGCUUCUCAUUGGCCAUCAGUUGAGAGAAGAUGGAAGACUCUUACAAGGAUAGGACUUCACUGGUGAAGGGUGCCAAGGACAUUGCCAAAGAGGUGAAGAAACACACAGUGAAGAAGGUGAAUCGAGCAGUGGACCGGGCCCAGGAUGAAUACACCCAGAGGUCGUACAGUCGGUUCCAGGACGAAGAAGAGGACGAUGACUAUUAUCCACCCGGAGAAACCUAUGAUGGGGGGGCCAAUGAUGAGGAAGGCUCCAGUGAAGCUACUGAAGGUCAUGAUGAAGAUGAUGAAAUCUACGAAGGGGAGUAUCAGGGCAUCCCCAGUAUGAACCAAGGGAAAGACAGCAUUGUGUCCGUGGGGCAGCCCAAGGGCGAUGAGUACAAGGACCGCAGGGAGCUGGAGUCAGAGAGGAAAGCUGAUGAGGAAGAGCUAGCCCAGCAGUAUGAGCUGAUAAUCCAAGAGUGUGGUCAUGGCCGUUUUCAGUGGGCCCUGUUCUUCGUCCUGGGCAUGGCCCUUAUGGCGGACGGUGUGGAAGUGUUUGUAGUGGGCUUUGUGUUGCCCAGCGCGGAGACAGACUUGUGCAUUCCAAAUUCAGGAUCCGGAUGGCUAGGUAGCAUAGUGUACCUCGGGAUGAUGGUGGGGGCAUUCUUCUGGGGAGGACUGGCAGACAAAGUGGGAAGGAAACAGUCUCUUCUGAUUUGCAUGUCUGUCAACGGAUUCUUUGCCUUCCUUUCUUCAUUUGUCCAAGGUUAUGGCUUCUUUCUCUUCUGUCGCUUACUUUCUGGAUUCGGGAUUGGAGGAGCCAUUCCUAUUGUGUUCUCCUACUUUGCUGAAGUGCUGGCCCGAGAGAAGCGGGGUGAGCAUCUGAGCUGGCUCUGCAUGUUCUGGAUGAUUGGAGGCAUCUAUGCCUCUGCCAUGGCCUGGGCCAUCAUCCCGCACUACGGAUGGAGCUUCAGCAUGGGAUCGGCCUACCAGUUUCACAGUUGGCGUGUGUUUGUGAUCGUCUGUGCACUCCCCUGUGUCUCUUCAGUGGUGGCCCUCACAUUCAUGCCUGAAAGCCCACGGUUCUUGUUGGAGGUUGGAAAACAUGAUGAAGCUUGGAUGAUUCUGAAGUUAAUUCAUGACACAAACAUGAGAGCACGGGGUCAGCCUGAGAAAGUCUUCACGGUAAACAGAAUCAAAACCCCAAAACAAAUAGAUGAGCUGAUUGAAAUUGAAAGUGACACAGGAACAUGGUACAGGAGGUGUUUUGUUCGGAUCCGCACAGAACUGUAUGGAAUUUGGCUGACUUUUAUGAGAUGUUUCAACUACCCAGUCAGGGAAAAUACAAUAAAGCUUACAAUUGUUUGGUUCACCCUGUCCUUUGGGUACUAUGGAUUAUCUGUUUGGUUCCCUGAUGUCAUUAAACAUCUGCAAUCCGACGAAUAUGCACUACUAAUUAGAACUGUGCCAAGAGAGAAAUAUGCAAAUUUCAGUAUUAACUUUACAAUGGAAAAUCAGAUUCAUACUGGAAUGGAAUACUACAAUGGCAGAUUCCUCGGGGUCAAGUUCAAAUCUGUAACUUUCAAAGAUUCAGUUUUUAAGGCCUGCACCUUUGAGGAUGUAACUUCUGUCAACACCUACUUCAAGAACUGCACGUUUAUUGAUACUGUUUUUGACAACACAGAUUUUGAGCAAUAUAAAUUCAUUGACAGCGAAUUUCAGAACUGCUCCUUUUUCCACAAUAAAACGGGAUGCCAGAUUACCUUUGACGAUGACUACAGUGCCUACUGGAUUUAUUUUGUCAACUUUCUGGGCACAUUGGCAGUGUUGCCAGGGAACAUUGUGUCUGCUCUCCUGAUGGACAGAAUCGGGCGCUUAACAAUGCUAGGUGGCUCUAUGGUGCUUUCAGGGAUCAGCUGUUUCUUCCUCUGGUUUGGCACCAGCGAAUCCAUGAUGAUAGGUAUGCUGUGUCUGUACAACGGAUUGACCAUCUCAGCCUGGAACUCUCUCGAUGUGGUCACUGUGGAGCUGUACCCCACAGACCGGAGGGCAACAGGCUUUGGCUUCUUGAAUGCACUCUGCAAAGCCGCCGCCGUCCUUGGGAACUUGAUAUUCGGCUCCCUCGUCAGCAUCACCAAAGCCAUCCCCAUCCUGCUGGCCUCCACUGUGCUCGUGUGUGGGGGGCUGGUGGGGCUGCGCCUGCCUGACACACAAACCCAGGUCCUGAUGUAACCGGAAACAAGCCAUCCAUCCUGUGGGGUUUCCUCCUGCCCUGUCUGUGUCAACUCUCCUGACCGACUCAAGGCUUCAGGUUUUUCAGAUAUAGAAAGGUGGUCAAAAAUAUGAGAACACUAACUCUUGCUGUGACUAAAAUUUAGAUGCAUACCAUCUUGCCCCUUAAAUGUGAUUUUGCACAGGUUUUGAUUUGGGGAUUUUCUUACGCCUUGUUACCUUUCCUCACUUUGAUGUUACUGCCUCCCAAAAAUCAGUGGAGGCAUUUUUUAAAUGUCCAGUGAGCUGGGCCUCCCUGAGAUUCUGUUCACCGGAGGUUUAGAAGCUAAGAAGAGGAUUGUGCUGCUAUAAGCCAUAGAUCCUGCGCCUAGUUCAACAUUUGCAGGAAAUAUAAGUUGGCAUAUUAUUGCUUUUGUGCUGAGGAGAGGAGAGGGAUUCUAACUUUUCUUUCUUUCUUUCUUUCUUUCUUUUUUUUUUUUCAAACAGUGAUAUUUCCUGUUUACUUAGAAAAGGACACCCAGCAAUUCUCGCUGUUACAGCGGGGCCUCUCAGUAAACUAUGUGGUACCAAACGGAGCUGGGUGGGGCUCUUUCAGGCAUGACAAUUAAGGUGACUCUGCUGACAAGAAAAACAAAGGCUCUGCAGUUAGCAGCAAAGAUCUCAGUGAGUUGAAUAAGCAAAAUAUCUGCCAGAAAGCCGAAUUAAACUUAUGAGAAACGUGAGGGAAAGGGACAGUAAUGGCAUCUGUGAUGGUGGCAUGUGGUUCAGAAUGUUAGAAAAUCAGAGAUCAGAGAGAGAUCUUGGGCUUCUAUUUACCUCCCCUGACCCACCCCCCGUCCACCCCUAGCUGCCAUUGAUCUUGCCAGAAAGCGGAUUCAAGGAAAGAAAGUCACUUUCUAAAAAUUGGAUCUGCCUACCUGAUUCUGCCAUUCAUCCAAACUGUCUCUAGUCUAAAGAUUGUCAGUCAUCUGAGUUGUCAAUUACAAGUUAGGAAGACAUUCACACCAAAAGCCGUUUGAAAAUGCAAAAUGAUACCUUGAGGGUGCCACUUUCCUGAGGAACAGUGACCACAGUAGUUGACAUUGGACUUUCUAUAGCUGGCAUCACUGAAGCGGGUCCCGUUCCUCUAUCUUCCCCUGGGCUGGGGCACUGGCUGCUGGCUCUGUGUGAAAUCACAGCCUGCCAUACUCCCAGGGGCCCUCCGGCAGACAAGGCAGCAUCUCCUGGUAGUUUGGGUUGCUCAUAUUAUCUAUGGAAUCUGCCUGGUCCUGGAAGAGAGAGGUCAGCAGGACAUUCCCACGGGCUGUCAGCUACUAUGACCUUCUCACCCCUUUGGGCCUGCCCCUCCUCCAUGCUGGUCCUUUUUACUCAUCUUCUUUGAAAUCUGAAGCCUCCUUCUAGACUUGCAGCAAUGACCAGCAGCCAGGAAUAAAUCCCAUAUUAAAACAAUAUUCCUUUUUUAACUCUCUCUGUCUUGUGAGAGGGUUAUAUACCUAUACUUAUUAGAGGCAUUUCCAGCAGGCCUCAGUCUUGGGGCCUCACUAAGGAGAGCCUUUGUUUCUAAUAGUCAUUACAUUCAAAGAUGUCUUAGCCCCAGACGCCGCUCUGCCUCCCUCUCUGCUUCCUAAUGAUCCUCCUAGAGCUCCAGACUGCAGAGUUCAGACUCAGUGAAAAGCUUCUUUCAUUAAUAGAAGCUGCUAAUCAACUCCCCCUUGAAGCAAUUCAGGUCUGUAGGCGGGCAGCCUGGGGUUGGGGCUGUCAGGAAGAGGGUGGCUCCAUGGGGAUAUGAGCUGAGGGCCAGAACAUCAGGAAAACGCAAAUCAAAAACUGCUAAAGUAGCAGGCAGAAGGAAAAUCAAUAAAGACUAGAGGAGAUCUAGUAGACCGAUAUUCACAAAGCAGGGAAAGAAACAGAACACACUCUCACAUCUGCCCAUUGUAAUAUUGUUGGAGAACAAAGCCAGCAGUCAAAAACCAAGGAAGUGCCCUGUAUAUUAUUCUUCUUCCAUAUGAACUCAUGUCUCCACCUCUGUACCCCUUGAUUUAUCUUCUUAGAAAAGACAUAUUUGGGGACCCGAGCAGGGCUUUUUUCAGUUGGACGUAGCACGUGCAGUAAAAACUGCAAAAGUAUGAUACGUAUCUCCAUUGACCCAUUUCCAAAAAAAAAAAAAAAAAAAGAAUUGAAGUGUGUAUGGAUGUUACUGUCUCUAGUCUUCCGUGACAGCUAACUUUGCUUCCUGAACUAGCUUUAUUUUUACAAAUGUCUCCAGUGUCUGUUGUCGCUCUAAAUUCAUAAACCUCCUCCCAAGCGAUGGAGCCCAGUUUACACAGAAUUUUAUUUGAAUGCUGGCUUGGGUCAGAAUAGGAUAAACCAGCAGAACCCCACUUCAUGAGACCUACCACCAUGCAUCCCCUUCAGCAGGGCCUUUCUUGGCCUUCUUGUCACCUAAUCCAAACCUCCCAGGUGGCCCAAGAGGGAUCUAUUCUAAUCUCCUGGACAGUCUGUGGUCACAAACCUUCUUGGUCACCACCUUUUCCACCCUUCCUACAGUUUUCUCUGCCUCCCUUACAUUGUUCCCGUCACCUGGAUUUUCUAUGAGAGCUCAAGUUCUUCCCCAAGUAUGUAGUGAGGCCUGUCUGGCUUGUUCUGGGGUUAGCUGGAUUAAGAUAUAGCCAUGCAAUUAAAUAGAAACUCUCAGUUCUAUCAAUGUCAGAAGCCGCUGGCACAGGGACAUACACCCAGCAUCUCAUUUCAGGUAGAAGGAAAAUCAGUGUAUAUGAAAAACCGAAAGCCUAGGAAACAGUACCACUUGCUCCUAUGUUUCUAGCUCCUUUUCUAUCUAAAAUUUCCUCAUAGCUCUUUGGAACCAAUCCAGAAUCCUCCGAAAUCCUAUUAUCACUGGGUCCUCUCAGUAGGUAAAACCCCCAGCUGCUCCAAACUGUAAAUCCCAUACCAUGUUACACCCCCAAGUGAUGGGUUUUAACAACAUCCAGCUGCCACGCAAUCCUGUGCUUUGGAAGCCAAACCCAGGUCAUCUUACACCCAGAGUGCUGACCCUAGGAGAUAAGAUAGACGGGUCUUAGCCCAAGCUCCACCACUAACCAACAGUGAGACCCAGAUCUUGCUGGGGAGAAUGUCAGUCACGAACAGCCUCAGUUUCCCUGUCUAUAAAGGAUUGGGCCUAGUUUGCUAGUGGGAGUAGUUCCAAGUCUCUAGAGGAUCUUCAUGAAAAUCGCUUCAUCUGAUUAUCUACCUUCUGAUGCUAAACUCAUCUUUACAAGCAUCGAGUAAGUUCAGUUGAGAAACUGAAAAAUUAGGAGCUAGGCACGCGUACAAGAGCUCAGGAAGUUGUUUUGGAAGCCCCCAUGGGCCAGAGAACAUAGUUCCCAUGUUGUUUGUGCUGUGGGCUUUUUCAGAUUCCAAACAUUAUCUCGAUUCAGUGCUGGCUGGGCAGUUACCGUUGCCUGUCCAGGAAAGGGACCCACCCAGCCAGAGACACCACUGGGAGACUGAGCACAGUACUACCACAGAGCUGUAUCCUGUCGCUCUCCCGACUGUGUACUCCACUUAAGUCUUUAAAUGUGGGCCUAAGUAGAUGUAGGCCUUCAGAGUUUUUAAGUGAUUUUACCUAAGUUGGCAAGUGCACUUUCAUUCACAAAUCUCACCGAAUCAGUUCAGGUUCGCACCAAAAACUGCUUCGCUGCUUUUCUGGAUAUCUUGAGAUUUCAAGACAGAGGUGGGAAAAGAAAUGUGGUGACAGAGGGAGAGUCCAAGAUAGCCUUGCAAAAGUUCCAGUGUAGAGAUUGGGGUACAGUUUUUAGCCUUUCUAAACCCUGGUACCAUUUCAAAAGCGUUCCUUGGGAAUACCUUCUGAUUCCCUCUGCCAAGCCAAACAGAAUAUGAUAUUCUCCAAUUUCUUUUCUGGUCAAUAUCAAAACGGGAUUUAUCUAGUUUUUCAGUAAAACACCUGACCUGUUCAUGCAUUAAAGGCUCUGAAGUCAGGAACAUCUGAAUUGGGCCUUCAUCUGGUAUCACAGGGAGAUAACUGGUUGGCUGUUUAGGUGCCUAUUGGCUACAUAUUUGAUUUUCCUUUCCCCCCAUAUCGUGCAGAACUUAGUCCAGUUACCAAGCCUACACAAACACUAGUCAUGUUGCAACAACCCAAGCGAUCUACCCGGCAGGGCACUCAGAAAUGGACUACACGUUUCUUACAGUUUUUGUUUCUGCCAAGCAAAGUGUGUUUUGAGUUAAGCUUCUCUCAUUGUCUGUGUAACGUAGACAAAAGAAAAUUAUCGGUCUCUCCUAGAUGUAUUGUAUAUCCCUUCAUUGUUUCAGGUGGAGAGGGUCAGUUCUCUGUGUCUAAUGCCUUCUGCUCUAAACGGUGGUAGUGUCUCACCAGCCGCUCCAGCCAUUGCCAGGGUUUCCUUCGGUCUUUCUCAAACAAUAUCUAGAUCCAGUGUUGUAAUCCCAGAAUUCUGAGUUACAAGGAUGCAGUUGAUGGAUGUUUAAGGCUAACAGGGCUGGAUGGGGGAAGGAACUUGGCAGAGCAUUCACUUCUCGCUUGUCAUCUCCUGUGAUUAUUCAGCAAGUAUGUAUUGAGCACCUCCCAUGGAGGCACUGCUGCAUGGAGAUAAUUAACCCUUUACGGGACUGAAGUGAUGUCAGGGCAAACUGGGCGUGAAAGAGAAAACAUCUGUAACAGGGGUCUCAGAUGGCUGAAACGCCCUCCCCAUAAACACAAAGUGUUAUUUUUCCAAAUUUAAAAGAACUAAUCGCCUAUAGUGGGCAGUGUAGGAACUCCUUGAAAAUCAGGAAUAUUUUUGACAGGAGGAGAAAGUCCCUCAAUGGCUUGGCCUUUGUCGGAGGGACUACUAACUAAGGAAACGAGAAAAACGGAGCCACGUAUGUGCUAGGUCUUUAAAUGUCUUGGCAGGAAAUUGCCCUAGGUAUUAUUCAAGGAAAAGAAUCAGCAGCAAAGAUAGCCCCAUUUUUAUAGGGAUGUUCAUUUUUAAAAUCCCAGUGUCUUCCCAGGUAUUCUUUUUCGUGGCCUGACCCUAGAGAUGGGGGCUGGGAAGUCUGUUCCAGAGCAGGCAGUGCGGGACUUUCUGCUCUGGAGUGGAGUGGAGUCAGCAAAUCCCUCAGCUGCUGGCCUCUGCUUCCCAGGGUGUUUCCUUUCUGAUUUGGAAAACUUGUGACUGAGUCAAGUGUCUUCACAGAUAUCCUAGAGCAGCUUUCCCCCUCUCCACCCUCAGCAGAUAAGCCACCCAGAAAACAAACUCUGACAGUCAGUAGCAGAUUUUCAGUUUUCAGUUUAAAACCAGUGCAUGGUUGUUGCAAAGUGUCUUGAAGAACCUUUGGGGUUCUGCGGCCUGAGGGGAGGCAGAGCAGAGAGAGGGUGGUUGUCAGUGACCCUCCACCCUCCCCUCCAAGAGCCCCUAUUUUUCCCCACUAGCGCUCUCCUCCUUACCUCCCCCAGGUAGUACACACUUCCUUUCCUUCCCUUCUCUUCUGUCUCCCUUCCUCCUCUUGCUACCUCUUAACUCUCGCAGUGUACAAAGGCAAGGCCAAGCUUUACUGGGGCGCUUGGGGCUAAAGAACAUGGUGAUCAUUCCACGUGUGUGGUGGAGGCCAGAGAAUGGAGCAUGUGUUGAACAGAAGGGUGCAGGGGGUGUGAGCUCUAGACUCGUGGCCCUGUACUGGGCUAGAUUUCCAACUGCUUCUCAACUCCUGUGGGGGGCAGAUAGGAUGUGCACCACUGACAUGAAAUCUAAGAGAGGCCCAUGUCUCAGAAUCCACUGACCUGUGGAAGGUGGACACAUCUCUCCAUGCCUACAGAGGGUCUUCCUUGAUGCGGAAGGCUGGGUGCUUUCCAUUCAGAGGUAAAUGCUGAAAUCGCAGAGGUUGCCCCUUCUCUGCCUAGCCUACCACAUUCGUGCUCCCCUUAGAGCCAAGAGUGUCCAGAUUUAGGAGGAGGUUUAGGAAGAGGAGAAAGCGCCCCUCCGCCCUCUGUUCAUACUCAGACAGGGUUUAACACCAAGCUAACAGCUUACCCUAGAUGCAGGGGUGCAGAGUCCUAAGCAGCUUUCAGGUACCUGGAGAACAAUGGGCCGAGCCUGCUCACAGGGGCCAAAGUUAUGCGUCAUCUCCCAUGGCAGAGGCCCAGUCUACACCACAUUGAGUCCCAAGGAUUUGCAGGUCAGCAUUGCCCAUAAGCCUCAGGGAAGGAAAGACUUAGCAAGCUCAACCUCAUGUCGGUACACAAAGGGUUUCUUUCUGCAUUUGUAUUGACUUAGAAUAGGAUCCACGGUGUUGGGAACCCAGUUUUCUAUGGAUAUUGUUCCUCCAGGAAAAACCUACAGAAAAUUGGCUAUUUUAUUAUGUGCAAACAAAAAUAAACUUGUUUGACGUUACAGAGUAUCACCCUCUCACACCCAAGUAGGCGUCCAAGACAGGAACUCUCCCUUGCCUCUGACAUACCCCAGGUCUGCCUAGGAAAUGGACAGAUUAAUGACUUAAUCUCAUUUCCACUGCUGUUGUUAUACAUGUAUUGUACCGAACCUAUGUCCUAAAUCAAAUGGAAGAAAAAAGAAAUGUUCUUUCUUGAUAUGUGCUUUCACAGCAUCCCAAAUGUGGCUAUGUAUCCUUGCCCUGACCCAGGAACAUAUUGAAGAGAUGAUAUGUCCUUCACUAAUGUCUAGAUACUGUAAAUAAAGUCCUGGAAGGGCUUCUUCUUUCAGGUGAACCUCCAUUUCCACAUGCGAAACCUACAACCCACUCUCCUUUGCAAUAUGAUCUUGGCAGUGGUCCUGACCUUGGUUUUGGCGUUUGGGUAUUUUGCUUUGUCUUGUCUUGUUUCUUUUCUGUUUUUACUGCUCUGUAAGACCUCCUGCUAUGAAUGUUCCAGUUACCCUAAUUGUACUGUAUAUACGUGCUGCAUGUGUGAACCCCAAUAAAUUCUGUUUCAGCUUUCUGGAUUUUUCAUCUGAAGUACAGCUGGUCCUGUUGUGAACUCAUCUUUCUGGUAUGCUCCUCUGUGUCUGAUUCCUGAUUGCCAAAAUGUUUGACCAAGUGUGUUUUGACAAAUGUCCUGAGACAGCCAUGCGUAUCCUUGUGAAGGGGCAUGCUUCGUGUGGGAUGACUCGUGUACAGUAUAAAUCUGUCACAUGUGGAAGUGUGUAUACAUUUAUAUGCCAGAUACCUAACAUUCAUGUAACAGCUGCAAAGAUAUUUAAUGUACAUCAGAUUAAUAAAAGAGCAUUUUCUGCUCCAUUAUAUUCA